AUUUUUGGAUACGUGAAGAGGAGGAGGAGGAGGUAUGGUCGACAUGUUAGCAGUGGGCAGAGGUGGACUGAGCUUGCUCUAGAAGGGUCUUGGCUCUCUCCCUUCCCUCUAUAGAAGCUUUGAUAGGUUAAAACCCCUUAAACGGAGCAUAUAUAAGAGGGAUUAAUUGUGCAAUGAACCCCUGAAGGAGGACAACUCGUGGAAUAGAUUAACGGAGCUAAAAAUCCUUCCAAAUCUCGUGGAGCUGAUUAAGGUGUUUAAUCAUCAGGUGAAUUAAGUUUAGUGUGUCCACCAUCAACGUCUCCACCACCACCAGUCAGGCAUGAACACGGACGAAGAAGCCAAGAGUGAUGAUGACUAUAACGGUAAUCCGGGAAAAAGACUGGAAAACGAGACUAACCUUUGGUCGUGUGGUCGGCAGGGUUGGUGGGCAGUUGGUGGCAGCGGAUGAAGGAGAACGAGCGACUGAGAAAGGCUGCUGGUCACGUGUCUUUCUUCCUGGUCCUUGUUCUGUACACUAGCCUGGGGGCCAAGGUGUUUCAGGUGUUGGAGUAUAAGGUAGAGAUGAGGAAUCAAGAACAGGUAUGGACACACCUGCAGGAGAAGCGACAACAGCUGAUUGAACAGGUAUUAAACUUAACGUCCCUCCAACAACAACAAGAAGAUGAUGGUGUUCAGAUGGUGACAGAUGAACCUGGGACGGAGGAGCUGGUGUGGCAGUGGUUGAGGGAGUACGAGGUGGUGAUGGAGGAAAGCGAAGGGGCGGGAGUGUCGCCUCUGGACACACAGAUACACACUCGCUGGGCCUACACUCAAGCCCUCUUCUUCAGCGCCACCGUCCUCACCACCAUAGGGUACGGUAACAUCGCGCCGUCGACGGUGGAAGGGCGAGUAUUCUGCAUGGUGUACGCCUUAGUUGGGAUCCCCUUAACACUCUCCGUUAUAGCUGACCUAGGCGACGUCUUGGCCUCCUUCAUCCCAGCCAACACCUUUGAAAACCGUCUCCCCAAAGGAAAACUUCGAGCGGUAACUACAGUACUCUUGAUCCUGACCCUGCUGGUGGGGUUCAUUGCCUUGGGCGGGGUGCUCUUCAUGUGGCAGAACAACUGGACCUUCAUGGAGGGUUUCUACUUCUCCUUCAUCACUACCACCACCAUAGGUUUCGGCGACCUGGUUCCUGCCACAUCAACCCUCUGCAUGCUCUACAUCAUUCUAGGACUAGCCCUCACAUCAAUGGUGAUUGAGCUGGUGAGGCGAAAGUAUGCCUCAUCGUGGGCCCAAAUGAAACAGCUCUCCUCCCGUCUCCACACACUCUCUGGGCCCUUAGCAGAAGCCAUGAGGAAGCUGGCAGAGUCUGGUGCAGGGGAGGUGGAGAUGGAUGAAGAGCUGGUGCGUGAGCUGAGGGACCUGAACGUGGCCCUGGCUAAGGUGCAACAGGAGGAGACAGGGACAGAAACAGUGACAACAGGCAACGAGGACGCCUGGGCAGCUCUCCUCGACAUGGCUGCCAAGAAGAAGCGAAUAACAGUCGUCAUGUAUGAGAGCAAUGUCUGAGCUCCACAGAUUUCAUAUUUAGAUGAAUUUUGUAACAUUAAUAAUACUAUAUGUCUACUGACUGGU